CAAAAACAAGAAAAUAAAAAUCAGACCUUCGAAUUUUAUAAGUAUUUUUAAGAUGUAACAAUUAUUAAUAUACAUUUAUAACACAGUUUAAACAUGGGAGGAUUACUUAUAUUUAUUAUCAUAGUUUUUGUUUUAUUUUUCACGCUUUCUUGGAUCCUUCCUAUGAUAAUUUCUUGGCAUUUCGAAAAGAAGUAUGAAGUUUCCUUAAAAAUAGGCAGAAUAGGCUUACCUUACUUGAAACUCUGUGAUAUACAUUUAUCUAAGAAUGGCUUUAACAUACAUAUACAUGAAAUUGGAAUUAAAAGUAGUUUCCUUAAUUCUGAUCUAACCAAACUAGUCACAUUAAUGGUAAAAGAUGUAAGAAUUAACAAAGAUUUAAGUACAAAAGUACCAGAAGACACAUCAGUUGUUUCAAAUAAUAUUAUAGAUUUUAGAGAAAAGAAAGUACCACAUUUUAUUAACAGCUUCGCACAGUUUAUGGCAGUUCAUGUUUAUAACAUAUCAGCAAUGUUAUUGCGCUCUGAAACACCAGGCUGUCUUGUACAUGCUACAGCAAGUGAAUUACAUUUAGAUGGAAGCAUUUUAAAGAAUGCCAAGUCUUUAUUGGUAACCCUUAACUUGAUGGAUGCUGAAAUUAAAGUAUUAAGACAUGCAGAGCAUCAAGUAAAAGAGGCGAGAUUGGCAGAGUUCAGCUUUGGCAUAUCAUUAGAGACCAUUUUGGUUGCACAAGGUCCAUUAUCUGUGGAGAAACUGCAUAUAAAAAUGUCACAGAGUAGUGCCGUUAUUAAUGGAGCAUUUUAUAACAUAGCUCAUGACCCCAAUAAGAUAAGUAGGAAGUCUUCAAUUGUUUAUGAACAUUAUUGUAAAGAAGACGAUAUUUUCCAAAGAUUUAGGCCUAUUAUUCCAAAGAAUUGCUCAUUAUACAUUGAUGAUACUUCCUUAACUGGUGUCAAAGAUAAUGGACAUAUAGAAUAUAAUUCCUCGCUGAAGUCAUUAGCGCUUAAUUAUCGUUCAGUAUUUCCGGAUGAUAAAAAUGGAGUUGGAGAUUCUUCUUCAAUGCUUUUUAAUUUUUAUUUAACAGACUUGUUGUUACUUAAUAGCAAGGAAAAACUCUUGGAGUUAAAACAUCUUAACAUUGACGCUAAGCUGAAAAAUUUUAUUUUAAACAUAUACUUACAACAAAACUAUCUGCUAGUCACUUACGAUCACAGCAUAAUACAUAAAUGGGUGCGAACGAACUUCCCACAGAGCAACCCCAAGUUUCAACCAAUGAAAUUGGAACGUUUCGAGAACGUUAUGAAACCGUCAAACGACAUGAGAAUUUUAGUAAAGAAAAGCACAUUUUUAGAGAAGAUUAUCGAGAAACUAUGUAUUCAUUUUUGUGCGGAGUUCAGUCAAGUUUUAGCUGUAGUAAAGAUAAAGAAUCAGAAUUCUUCCAUUGGUUUUAAUAAAGUUAGACUAUUGUUGGACCAAUAUCAAGAAACUAGAGGUACAUUCUUCAAAUCAUAUCUUCCAAAUCUUGUACUGAGGGACCGACACUGGACAGUCGAAAUUUUGGUUGAAUCUUUAUGGUGGUCGUUCAAGGAAUGGGGUCCGAUGACGAAUCCGUCAAAAGUGAUGCACAUAUGGGGCACUCCGUUAUAUCUAGGUAUGGGAAUAGUUAAAUUUACGACUUCCCAAAAUCAGGAGAUAAAAAUGGAAUCUUUAUUGGAUAUUGUACAGUUGGAAUGGUCUUUGGAACUAGCAGAUCAUGUACUGAUGGCACUAAGGAGUUUAAAGCAAUAUGGACAAAUAUCAGUAAAAUCGCCAUCUCCUUCAAAAGACGGGAAAUGUCAAGAUGGACACAAGUUAUCUUUACAUCUUGUAGUAACUCACUUCAACUUCUUUCUACAGUCGCAAAAUAAAGAAUAUUUCAUAACCCGAUUGAACACCAUCAGUGUGGAUAAAUCUCUGAAGAAUACCAGUAUUAAGUUCGAAGAAUUUAAAAUUUUCAGCAUAAAAAAUAGCGGAGAUUGUUACACGUGUAUCCGAACAGAAGACAUUUCCAACUAUAAAGCUUUUAUCAAAACGACUUGUCUAGAGAUCCGUGAAAAUAAAGAUAACAUUAAAGAAACUACGCUUACACUUCUAGAUACGAUUGUAACAUAUUGGUCUACAAAUUUUCACAUGAAAUCGUUGCUGUUGAUUCGGAGUAUGAUGAAAUUUUGGACUGGGAUAAAAGACGAGUUGAAGAUCGAAUCUUAUAAAGGACCCACGGAGAAAUUCGUGAAGAAUUUAAAUAUUUUUGGAAAGUUUGAAUUCCACAUUGAUAUCAGCCCUGAACAUAGUGCAAAAGUUGCCUUAGAUGAAUUAAAAGUUACGAAAAAACUAGACGAUCUUACUAAACCACCCGAAACAUAUCUGAACACAUCACUGGUGAUAUCAAUUGAUGAUGCCGAAAUAUUCACAAUAAACGGCAUCAACUUCCAUCCCAUAAAAUGUCAUCCUAUUAUAGAGGCCGAAAGAUCAGACGUGGAAACCUUUGCAGUACCUUUCAACAAAACGUGGGGCGUUUCAAUCGAUCUAUUCAAGGCAGUUUUUCCAUAUGAACAUAACUUUGCGGAAGCUUAUCAGAAUCAAUUCGUUUCUGUUUUUAAAUGGUUGAAAAUUGUACACAAUUUGAAGAAGGAUCGGUCUGUAGAAGGUCCUCUUCCAAGCGAUUUGCUAAUAAAUGUUAAAGAAUUUUUAUUUGAAAUGAGUGACGAUCCAUUUGAAGUCAAAUUGAGAGAUAAUUUUGAAUUAUUAGAAGACGAAUAUAAUGAGAGCUUGAAACGACAAAAGAUGCUGAAAGAUAAGAUUGCCGAUUUAUUGAAGACACAUCUACAUAUGGCGGGUAAAGUUGAAGAGUUGUAUGCAACGUUAAAGAAGAAAAAUGCAGAUAUAUAUGUCCAAAGAUCUAAAUUAAUGUACAAAGCCGCCCCUCAAAGAACCAGGUUGUUUGCUUGGCAUAUGACUAAUGUAGAAAUUUUGAUUCUUGCUGAUCCAACCAUUCAUGGCAGGGAAAACGUUAUCCGAACCAUGAGAGAAAUAGACCACGACACCCCUUGGCCCGAAGAACAUAUGGAAUUUUCAACGCUUUGGUGCCGGGUCAUCUCUUUUAGAUGCGCCGAGUGGAAAUUUUUGCUUAGAGACUUCCCCCAACCGUUGAUGAACGUUAGAAAGUGUUACAUUUGGGGACAGUUGGUGGGAGCUGAACAGGUCGCACCAAAGAGAGCUAUUCGAACGGUGGUUGUUCAAUUGGGAGAACCAUUCGAACCAUAUAUCAUAGAAAGAGGGAUGCUUCCUUUAAAAUAUUACCACGAUUUCAAUUGCGAAAUUGAGUCAUUUAGUUACGCCUUUGGUCCAUGUUGGGAGCCUGUUAUCGCUCAGUGUAAUUUAAAUUUUAACCAAAUAUCUGCACCAUCCAGAGAUCCUUCACCACCAUUAUCAUUUUGGGAUAAAAUGAGGCUUUUACUGCACGGUCGGCUUACUAUGGUCGUUCAACAACUAACAGUCCUACUACAUGGUUCAUUGGAUCCUUAUAAUACUACUGAAGAAAUGGCGCUGACUUGGGAGAAAGUUGUAAUGGAUUGGACUAAUGCUAAAUUUGUUUACAAAGGAGACCUCAACGUGUAUGUUAGAACAGCUUCAAAAUAUGAUGAUGUCCAACUUUUGAAGUUGCCCAAUUUGAAGUUAAUUUUAGGCAUUGAAUGGGUGUGCCUUGGAAAUCCAAAUGAUCAUCACAGUGUCGUGCAAUGUGCACCUGAUAAAGUUCCAGAAUAUUCAAGUAAUCAAGUUCAUGACUCGUUUCGAGCAUUUCGUUCUCAAAACGUAAAUCUUAGUAUCGUAUUAGAAACCCGUCCCGUUCCAAACGAGCCUAACAGUUGUCCGAUUUUGCUGUUAUACGGAAGCACUUUAAGAUGGAUUGAAAGUUUAAAAUUGAUUUUAUCUGGAGUAACUAGACCUACUAAAAGAGGCAGGAUUUUCAACAAUUUGCGACCUCGGAAGAUACAAUUAAGUAGACAUUAUAAAAGGGUUCAUCUACUUAUGGGGUUGCAUAAAUUUCAAGUAUGUUACUGGAUGUCAUUUGCAAUGCAAAGAGGAUGUGAAUUAUUUGGCGGUCGAUUAUCAUCUAGUUCAGAACAUACACUAUCGUUGGUCGCUAUCGACGAUGGUUUAAAGCAUCGCCCAAAAGCCGAAUGGUCUGUAGUAUAUAUGAACUCGGAGUUAAACGACUUUGAAAUUUGGCUAAAAAGUGCUUUACACGACGAAAUGGAACUUGAAUUACCGUCUCCUCGACAGCCUGUAGAGAAAUGUUAUUGUCUAUCGGUUGCAAAAGUUUCAUAUGGCAGAGAGACUGUGUUACCCAAUCAUGAAAGAAAUAAAGAUGUACCCACUCACAGAUUAGUUGUGUACGAUUUGAGAGGAGCCUGGACUAAAAGUAAUAGAAAUGUAGCAUUUGCAUUGUUUGACACAUUUAUGAAAACGAUGAGGAUGAAAAAAAAUCUGUCCACUGACGCACUUAAGGGCUUUCGAAAAGAUAAUAGCACCACUACCCCACUAAAAAGAAGAAAUACAGAUCCUUCAAAUACUCCACCUAAUAAUUCCAUCCAAGCAAUACAAUCUACCACUGCUGUGCAAGAUACACCUUCACCAAUAAGCAAACUGCAGUCUGGACACGCUGCAAAUAUGCUGCAACAACUAAUAGUCGAAGCCGAUAACAACUCUGUCGUAUAUAGUGACGAUCUUUCUUCUAUAUCCAGACAACAACAUCUACAGGGACUACAGGCUUGUCAAGAAGAUGAUGUUUUGCAUAAAAAUUGGCAGAUUGCACUCGUCAAUGCACAAGUAUUAUUGAAAGGUUGUGAAACCAAGGGUUAUGUGAUACUUAGUUCUGCAAAAGCAGAAAUCGUACAGAGGAUUCACAGACCUGCAUGGAAGGACAGAACACUUGUGUCGAAAACCACAUGGGUAGGAACUUUAGAAUGCAUGCAGUAUUAUGCCACAGUAAAUGCUGGAGAGAACGAUACCGCAGAUGAGAAUAUAAUGUGGCUUACAGUCGAUAAUAUUCAAGAAAAAGAAUCUGCCGAAAUUUCAGAACCAUCUGAAGUUCCUAAUAUGGUGGGCAGUGGUGUGUCAGUUGGAGCUGUAGUGAGUGAUACUGUUGGCCCUAGUUCCUCUAGACAGUUGCAACGAAUAGUUUCAAGAUGUAAAUGCGAAUUCUUCUAUGCUGAUUACGGAGAUAUAAGCGUAGAUCCGGAAGGUAUCAGUGAGAUUCCACCACCGCCACAGGAGGAAGUUGGACCUUGGGAAAACAAGCAAUCAGCCGUUGAUGCAUUUACGCUUAUGCAUUACGACUUAGACGUUUGUACGAAUUCUUUACAAUACGCAAUGUUAUUGGAUGUAGUAAACAAUCUAUUAUUAUACGUGGAACCUCAUAGGAAGGAAGCCCUAGAAAAAUUGGCCCGUAUGAGAUUUAAAUUACAGUUGCACUCAGUUGAAGAUCAAAGAAAACCGAUACAGAAUCAACAAACGCUAGUAAGAAGUACACAAAGUAAAUUGAGGAGACUUGAAAAAGAAACAUAUUUGGUCAAUAAAGCUUUAGAAGAAAAUCCUGAUGAUAUCGAGUUGAGACAAGAAUCUGAUAGACUAGAAAGACUGAUGUACGACUGCAAAAACCAACUUAACGCACAAAGCGAAGAACUAGAUAUGAUGUUGUCCUGUUUCAAGGAGACUCAACUAUUAGUAAAUUCUAGGCUAGCUACAACAAGAAGCGAUAAACCAUUAACUGUUGUUAGAGCCAACGAAAUUUGCUUUAAGCAUGCACAGUGGAGAUUGACUGAAGCCGACGGGCAGAUUGGUAUCGCAGAUUUAGUAUUAAGCAACUUUUUGUACACUAAAAAUUCUAAAAGCGACGAUUCUGUUGAACAUCUAAUGGAAUUGGGAUAUUUGAGAAUGACCAAUCUGUUACCGAAUGAAAUAUACAAAGAAGUAAUAUGUCCGACAGAAAUUCAAUUUGACAUGCCAAUAGAGCACAAAAAAGUGUUAAGGAUCUUCUGCAGGGAGAAGCCACCUGUUGGAGGAAUAUCUGUCAAGGAAAUUUUUGAAAUUAAUUUAGUACCAUUAACCAUAGGGCUAACUAAAAAAUUCUAUAACACCAUGAUGAAAUUUUGUUUCCCUGAAAGGGAAAGCGAACACAAUGAUUAUAACGAUAGAGCAAGUGAGGAUGGUGAACUGGAACAAAAAGGAAAGAAAACAAAGAAUAGACGGAAUCGCGAUUCAAACUUUUAUGUUCAUAUUGAUGAUGUUGAAAAAAUGAAGGAAAGAGCAGAAAAGAACAAAUUAUUUGUUUAUAUUAAAAUUCCGGAAGUUCCUGUUAAGCUUAGUUAUAAAGGAACAAAAGAAAAGAAUCUUGAGGAUUUAAGGGACUAUUCUUUGAUAAUUCCCACUUUAGAAUACCACAAUAUGACGUGGACGUGGUUAGACCUAUUGGUAGCGAUAAGAAAUGACAGUAAACGAGUUAUUUUGUCACAGGCCAUUAAACAGAAGUUACAAAUUAAAAGAAAUACUGGGUCUGCAGAUGAAAGCUCAGCACCUCAGGAGGAAGAUAAAGCAAGAAUGUUGUUUGGAACAAGACAUGCACCUGAAAACAGAAGCAUACGGAAAGGAGUGUUUAGAUUCAAUAAAUGACGAAUACCUAAAAAGCUUUAAUAUUUUGAGAAGUUUAGAAAAUUCUACGAAGAAAACUAUUGUGAUUGGAAAGGUGAUAUUUUUCCCGAUUAAAAAAAGAAAGGUAUUAAUUACUACACGUAAUUGUACCAGUUGUAUUUUUAUUUAUUUCUAUUUGUCCUUUAUUGCCGUCUGUAUUUUCUACCUCUACCUAUGUAAAAACAAUAUAUGUAUAAGAAACAAACCUGUUAUCAAAAAUAUAUGCUUAGCAAAUA